UUCUCUCUCCUGUUCUGGCAACAGUACUUCGACGUGGACACCGAGGACGUGGCGGUGAGGAUAAAGAAUGCGAUAAUCAGCCCCAUGAGCGGCACGUUUAGGGACGUCAUCGGGGACAAUCCCGAUCUCUGGGGGCCGUUCUGGGUCUGCGCCACGCUCAUCUUCAUCAACGCGCUCGGAACCAAAUACGCCGACUACCUCACGCACGACGACUCGGAAGGGGACUUCACCUUCGACGUCACGCGGGUAUCGUUCGGGGUGUGCAUGUUCUACGGCUACGCCUUCUGCGUCCCGGCGGGUCUUUGGUUCAUCCUCCGGUGCUUCGGCGGCGUGAACACCGGGCUGGCGUCGCUGCUGUGCCUGUACGGGUACUCGCUGAUGGUGUACGUGCCCAUGGGGAUCCUGUGCCUCGCGCCGAACCAGUCCCUGCGGUGGUUCGCGUUCCUGCCGUCCAUGGCGAUAUCGUCCGCGUUCCUCUUCUUCAACGUUCGGGGGGUGGUGGCGGAAUCGCCGAAGGGUCUCGCGUUCGCGACGCCGUUCAUGGGAUGCGUCGUCGGCGCGCACGCGUGCUUCGGGCUCCUGCUCAAGCUGUACUGGAUAUGA